GAUCAGGUAGACUGGUACGCCGUUUUGGACGCACCGCUCGUUGAAAUCGUCAAGUGCAUCAGAUGCCGUGGCAUGCACUGGAUGCUCGCGCGACGCAUCAAAGGUAUUUUGAAACGAGUCAUGGCGCAACGUGGAUGUCUUUCGCUUGAAUUUUUGCGCGACACGCCGACAAGAGAUGCCAACGAAUAUCUGCUCGCUCUCGACGGUAUGGGCGUGAAGACGACGUCUUGUGUGCUACUUCUUGCGUUGCAUCGCACAGACUUCCCCGUCGACGUUAACGUCGGGCGUAUCAUGGCUCGUUUGGGUUGGGUGCCACUCGAG